AUGAUAGCCUUCGCGGAGGGGAGGUCGCGAGAGACGUUCGAGCCAGUAGCGCAGGCCUUCCGACACACGAAGCAUUCCAAUCUCAACAACACCACUGGCACCAAGGUCUCUCGCUUGCAAUUGUCGAGAAACAUGUCGAGUGUCACUGCAGGACCGAAGCGGCCACGUGUGAACUCUCUUGACCCGGAUCUCUCUGCCAUCGACCAGCCUACCGUGCCGAAAAUCGAGGCUGUCAUCGGCCAUUGCUUCAAGCCAGACAGCGAGGUUGUCCAAACCUUCUCAUCUCUGUACGAUGCACACUUUGUACGGUAUGAGGUCAAGUGGAUUGGAUGCAGAUUUACCACUUGCGAAACUUGGUGGGUGGCUAAUAACCUCGCAACGCACACGCUCUUUGAAUGGGAGGGGCUUGAUGCAAUCGACGCAUAUUGGCUACGUAUGAGCCAGGACCCACGACACGAUGCCGAGGAGACUUGGACGAAGUCCACAUCGAAGAUGCGAGCACUCGAGCACACUCCUACCGACGAUGCCUACUUCAAAAGCUUGCCCGAAGGGGUACAGCAAGGUUUUCCCAUGGCCUGGUGCAACCGACCAGCCCCUCACGUUUCCCAGACGCUUGCUUUGCUCCGUUCGUCAGUAGCUACGGCAGGUGUCAACAAUGGCAAAGACCAUCGAGUCUGUCCCUCAGCGAACCAGGGACCGAAGAACCAGGGACCGAACGACCCCGCCAACCAGGGACCGAACGACCCCACCAACCGAGGAUCAAGCAAUCGCCUUUCAAACGAUGUCGACGGCGACGGGUCCGGAGAUACAGAGCUCGAGUCCUCUGAAGCCGAGAGCAGUGGAAAGGAAAUCGACUGGAACGAUGCCGAUGCGAAGAGACGGAAGCUGAACAGACAGUGUUCCAGGAAGAAGCGUAAAUGGCUGUCCCAUCGACCAGAUCUCCUGUACGCACACCGCCAGCAGCGAAACAAGACAUGGAACAAGUGGGUAGCCAAAAAUCCAGACAGAUAUGGCGAGAUUUACAAGAGGAAGCGACAGACAGAGGUAUCCCGACUGGCAGCAGCAAGACGUGCACUGCAGAAUGAUGCAGAUGUGUCAGAACCACAGGACGGGUCGUCAGAUGCAGAGUGA